CCGCGCCCCGUCUCCUGCUUGACAAGAACAACGAGGGGCCCGCCAGUUCUGCGGGUGGCUUCCUGAUUUCGACUCUCUAUCCGUUCUCAUCCUACACGAUCCUUCAUCCUACUCGGUCACGACAGCUUUCGGCGUAAUGAGAGGCGCUUUCCUGGCGGCCCUGACUACCCUCGCCCUCGAGGCGAGUGCGUACCAUGUCCGCAUGCAAGGGCGAGUGCGGUCCCCCGCGGAUGCACCCCUCGCACGGCGGGGAAACUUGGCGGGCUCGUCGCCGCUCACGAACUCGGCGGACAUCAGCUACUACACGAACGUGACGCUGGGCGGAGACGACUACGAGGUCCUGAUCGACACGGGCAGCUCGGACUUGUGGGUCGCGGGCAGCGUGAACAACGCCAAGGACACGGGCAAGAAGAGCGGCGUCACGUACGCUGUCGGUGCUGUCGAAGGUCCUAUCAAGACCGCCGAGCUCGAGUUCGCUGGCUUCACCAUCCCCGAUCAGGCGUUCAUCGAGGUCACCCCCGACAAGGAAAACCCAAAGGACAAGGGCCUCAUCGGCCUGGGACCCAACUCGGGCUCCAAUGUCUACGUCGAGCUCGGAAGCGACAAGGGCAUGGCCGUCCUCGAUAGCAUCUUUACGCAGAACACCUCCACGCCGAACUACAUCACCGUCCUUCUCGGCCGGUUAGACGACCCGACGGACACCUUCCCUGGCGACCUCACCGUCGGCUCGAUCCUUGACAACUACACCGACAUCGAGAAACAGCCGAAGCUUGAUGUUACCGAGGUCCCCGUGCGCGAGUCAGGCGACCAACACUUCCAGGUCCUCAUCGAUGCCGGCGGCAUCAUUGGCCCCGACGGGAAGAGCAUCAAGGUCCAUACUGAGGUCGAUGAGACACAGAAUAAGAAGCAGCCGACCGCGGUGAUCGACACCGGCUUCUCCCUAAGUCAAGUCCCGCGAAAUGUUGCCGACGCCAUCUACGGACGCUUCUCCGGUGCAGAGUACGUGAAUGUGUCUGGUGUGGGGGCAACGUGGAUCGUGCCAUGUACUACCGAGGUCAACCUCACCUUCAAGUUCUCCGGCCAAGAGUAUCCGAUUCAUCCCAUGGAUACGACACUCGAUCCUGGUGCUGUUGGUAUUACGGGAGUGCAGAACUCGGAAGGCGUUGACAGCUGUAUAGGGACUUUCCAACCUAUAUCCUUCGAGACCGGCGACAGCCCCAACUACGACAUGAUCUUGGGAAUGUCCUUCUUGCGGAACGUUUACGCGCUCUUCGACUACGGCGACUUCUUGGUCGAUCAAAAGGACAAGAAGGCCGAUCCUUACAUCCAGUUCCUGUCUAUCACGGACAAGGGCGAAGCGCACUCCGACUUCGUGAACGUCCGCUUACGAGGCGACGCGAACGCCGGAGACAACACCCUCUCCGCGCAACCCGCGUCAAGCGACAACUCGUCGUCCACCAAGCCCUCCAAGCAGCCCUACAUCAUCGCGCUUGCGGCUGUCAUCGGCACGCUCGCGCUUGGUCUAAUCGCGUACGCUGUCUUCCUCUUCUGGCGCCGGAGGCACGGGGCAAAGGGCCGCUAUGUCCCGCUGGCGCCGCAGGGCGGGUUCCGUCCGCCGCCGCCGGCGUACCAGGAGGCAUACCCCUCCCAGCCGGUGCAGGCCUACGACCCGGUGCCGCACACCGGCAACGGGAACUGGCAGCAGGGGCAGCAGGGGUAUCAGGCGCCGCCAUACUCAACGCCGUGGGGGAGGUAAAGGUAAUAAAGUGGCUGCGCGGUCGCGCGUCGUGAUGUUGUUUGACUGUACUAUCUAUUGCAUGACUGCAGUAUUGUUGUAGGCCAGCAUACUCUGUUCAUCAUGGACUAUCCUGCAUAUCCGUACACUACCGUAGACACGAUUUACGCACGCACCUAUCUAUUUGCUCUGGGAUUUC